AUGAUCUUCCACCACGUAGAUCAGCAGCGCCGUGAACAGCGGCGCCAAGGACCGCCCCGGCGUCACCGGGGAGAGCAUGUCGCCUCCCUCAAAAACUUCCUCCCCACGGCAACCCCCAACACCCUCCCCCCCAGCGAAGCCUACGCCCCGCGAACCGCAACGGUCGGGCCGGAGGGGCGCAAGCGCACCAUCACACGACUCCCCGAAUGGCUCAAGACGCCGAUCCCGUCGGCCGGCACCAACGCCGGGUUCGCCAAGAUCAAGGCCGACCUGCGCGGGCUGGGCCUGCACACCGUGUGCGAGGAGGCGCGCUGCCCCAACAUCGGCGAGUGCUGGGGCGGCGGCAGCAAGGCCGCAGCCACGGCGACCAUCAUGUUGAUGGGUGAUACGUGCACGCGGGGCUGUCGGUUUUGUAGUGUCAAGACGAGCCGCGCGCCGCCGCCGCUCGAUCCGCAUGAGCCGGAGAAUACGGCCGAGGCGCUGGCGCGCUGGGGGCUGGGGUAUGUGGUGCUGACGAGUGUGGAUCGGGAUGAUUUGGCGGAUGGGGGGGCGCGGCAUUUUGCGGAGACCAUUCGGAGGAUUAAGGCGAAGAAGCCGACUAUGUUGGUGGAGGCGCUGACGGGGGAUUUUUGGGGGAAUUUGGAGAUGGUCAAGGUGGUGGCGGAGAGUGGGCUGGAUGUGUAUGCGCAUAAUGUUGAGACGGUGGAGGGGCUGACGCCGUAUGUGCGGGACCGGAGGGCUACGUUUAGGCAGAGUCUGAAGGUGCUGGAACAUGUGAAGGAGGUUAAGGGGAAGGAGGGGAUCAUCACCAAGACUAGUAUCAUGCUGGGGUUAGGGGAGACGGAGGAGGAAAUUUGGGAGACGUUGAGGGAACUGAGGAAGGUUGACGUGGACGUUGUCACCUUUGGUCAGUACAUGCGGCCCACCAAGCGGCAUCUCCAGGUAGAGCGGUACGUCACGCCCGAUGAGUUUGAGCUCUGGAGGCAGCGUGCUCUUGACAUGGGCUUCCUUUACUGCGCCAGCGGUCCCCUUGUCCGGUCGUCUUACAAGGCCGGUGAGGCGUUCAUUGAGAACGUGCUGAGGAAGCGGGCCGGCGAGAAGGCCAUGGCCACGGACAGUCUAGGCCAGGCCGUCGCGGCCGAAGAGGCGACCGGGAAGUCUCUGUAA